UGCUUGUUUUGCUGGCCGACAAUUUGUCAAGAGCUGAUAAUAAAUAUCUUCAUAAGGAUUAGUCAAUGUACAGAGGCUGAUAGUUAAGAGAAAGCAGUGGAACUGUGAAGAAGAAUUUUUAUUUUAGUAUUCGCACAAUAUAAAGAUUUUGUUGAAUAGAGAUUUUGUAGAUUUUUAGAUUGUCAAGAUGCUAAGUCGAUUAUCACCAAUUCAAUCAAACUGCUCAAAAUCAUUGAGUUUACUAAGCAGAGCAAUGAGCAUAAAAAAAAAUUUGGCAUAUAUUGAUGGAAAAUGGGUUGGAGCAACCAGUGGAAAAACUUUUCCAGUUAUGAAUCCAGUAGAUUGUUCAAUCAUAGAUUGCGUUCCAGAUAUGGAUGUUAUGGAUACUCGUUUAGCAAUUGAUGCUGCUGCCAAAGCAUUCCAAACUUUUAAGAAAACUAUUGCUAAAGAACGCAGUGAUAUGCUAAGAGCUUGGUAUAACUUAAUGAUUAAACAUUCAGAAGAAAUUGCUGCAGUCAUGACCAAAGAAAAUGGAAAAUCUUUGGAUGAAUCUUGUGGUGAAGUAAGGUAUGGUAACUCUUUUGUUGAAUGGUUUGCUGAAGAAGCUAGAAGAAUCAAUGGGGAAGUUUUACAAUCACCUUUUAAAAAUAGAGAAUUGUUUUUAAUGAAACAACCUGUUGGUGUUGCUGCUUUUAUUACUCCAUGGAACUUUCCUCAUGCGAUGAUUACAAGAAAAGCUGGAGCAGCUAUAGCUGCAGGUUGUACUUGUGUAAUCAAGCCAUCUGAGGAUACUCCUCUGACUGCAUUACUGUUGGCUUAUUUAGCUGAAGAAGCUGGAUUUCCUCCUGGAGUUAUCAAUGUCUUAACAACAAGCUUGGAAAAUUCAGUUGCAGUUGGUCAAGAAUUAUGUCAAAAUCCCAAAGUUAGAGCUCUUUCAUUCACAGGAUCUACUGCAGUUGGAAAAAUUUUGUAUAAACAAUGUGCUGACACAAUGAAGCGUCUCAGUCUUGAGUUAGGUGGCAAUGCUCCUUUUAUUGUCUUUGAAUCAGCAGAUAUUAACUCAGCAGUAUCAGGAGCAAUGUCCAGUAAAUUCAGAAAUUCAGGACAAACAUGUGUUUCAGCUAAUAGGUUUUAUAUCCAUGCAAAAAUAUAUGAUGAAUUUAUGACCAAGUUCUUGACUAAAGUAGAGAACCAGAUAAAGAUGGGAGAUGGAAGUAAAAAAGGAGUGACACAUGGGCCUUUAAUCAAAGAAAGCCAGUUCAAAAUAGUUAAUAAUCUUGUAAAUGAUGCCAAAGCAAAAGGAGCAACAGUACACUGUGGUGGUAAACCUUUGUUAGAAGUUGGUCCUCUGUUUUAUGCUCCUACUGUAAUUACUGAUGUCACUAGAGAUAUGGAAAUAUAUUCAAAGGAAAUCUUUGGUCCUGUAGCUGUGAUACACAAGUUUAAUGAUGAAGAGGAAGUCUUACAACAUGCUAAUGAAACCCCUGUUGGAUUAGCUGGAUACUUCUUUUCUAAGGAUAUCUCACAAAUCUUUCGAGUUGCAAGAAACUUGGAAGUAGGAAUGAUUGGAGUUAAUGAAGGAUUAAUUUCAUGCACAGAAGCAGCUUUUGGUGGAGUUAAAGAGUCUGGUAUAGGAAGGGAGGGUUCUAGUCAUGGUAUAGAUGAGUAUGUUGAUAUCAAAUAUGUUUGUCUUGGAAAUGUUGAACACUAAAUGAUUUGCGAACAACAUACGUGUUCUAUAAUGGAAAGAUUCAUGUUAUGAAAAAGAGAAAAACAUGUGAUUGUUUAAGAAUUUAAUCAAAUCUGAAAAAGAUCAAAUAAUAAGUAAUAAUAGGAUAUUUUAUUUUAUAUUAAAAAUAUAAUU